AUGUCAAAAGGAUACUUGGAAGUUGUUAUCGUUGAAGGACGUAAGUUAAAAGAUCGUGAUUUGAUUGGUGAAAAUGAUCCAUAUAUUGAGAUUUAUAUGAAUAAAAAAUACAAACAACGUACAUCUACUAUUAAAAAUACAAAUAAUCCAACUUGGAAUGAAAAAUUCGUGUUUAAUCUUUUAAAAGGUGAUGAUAUUAUACAUUUUGAUGUUUAUGACAAAGAUUUGAUUGGAAAAGAUUCAGUUGGUAAUGGAAAAGUUAAAUUGAAAGAUGUACUGGAAACGGGUCAUUAUGAUAAUUGGGUUAAACUGCCAGCUCAUUUGGGAUUAUCGUCACACGGUGAAAUCCAUGUUAUCAUGAAUUAUGUUCCAGCUUAA